UAGAUUGAUAUGAACAACCCGUUUGCCAUUGUCUUCAAUCAAAUGGAAAUUGCCAUAGUUCCCGGGGUUCCAGUCGAUUUUAAACAAGAAUCUUACAUGACACUGCAGUAUGGGAGGCGGUCACAGUAAAACAUCCACUGAUAAGGAUCCUGUUCAUGGCCGUCAACAGAAGUGGACCAAGGUGCAGCGUGAUGCCCCAUAUGAAACAGACUGGUUGCUUCUGUAAUCUGUUCAAAUGAAGAUAGUAAAGAGGAUCUGCUAACCAAAGAUGGAACUGGAAUAUUCCACGUUAUUACAGUAGUCACAAAUGGGAAAUAUAAACAGUACUCAAAAUGACAGUGAGAGAGCCCCAUUGCUAGAUGACACAGAUGAGGGUAAGUUUCUUUGGACAGAUUUUUCAAUUGUAGGCUACUCUUAUUGGCAUUAGUGGAGAGUUUAAACACACUUUUUACCAGAGGUGUCGGCUUCUCUAAAUGAUGUCAGCAGAAUUUAAAAGUAAUCUUUUUUAUAUUUUUGUCUAUAUAAAUGUUCUUCCUCUGUCAGGUGUCAUUUUAGACAAUUUACGACUUGUUCUGAUUGGAGAUAUGGGGAAGAAUGACGCUGGAAAUACCAUCAUGGGACAAAAUCAUUUCUCAUGGUUUAACACAUUCUUUAAGAAAACACAUAUAAAAAAGGAGAAUCAAAUACAAAACCGACACAUCACCUUGGUUCGAACGCCAGGCUCAUUUAGUCAUUUGGAUAGUAGUAGCAACCAGAUUAAAACAGAUACUAUACAUUGUGUGCAGUCCUUGUUUUGCCCUGGACCUCAUGCUAUCCUUCUAGUUAUUCAACUACCUGUAAGUUCUGAGGAUUCUAAAUUCAUUAGAACAACAGGAAAUGAAAUGAACACACUUUUUACUCAGGACGUGUGGAAACACACCCUUGUAUUGUUUACUAGAGGGGAAAAGAUGCAACCUGGCCACACCAUUCAGGAUUACAUCAGUGGUCACGGCCUCGCUGAAAUAGUAGAACAAUGUGGAAAGGAGCCUUUCGUUCUCUAUGGUACAAAGAAGGUUAAAAAUCAAAGCAUAGAGCUUAUCAAGACAGUAGAGGAGAUGGUAGCUGAGAACGAACACAUCUAUUUCAUGACGCAGGACAAAAACAUGGUUCCUCAAGGUUCACAAGAAGCGAAAAAUAUUCUAGAAAACCUUAAAAACAAAGUUGAUCACCUGGAGGAGUACACAAAUGCAUUGUCAAGACUAAUGCAGCUAGCAAAAAGUCAAGAUAAGCUGAAGUCUUACGAGAAUACAAUCAAAAUGAAAAAUGAUGAAAUAAAGAGACUGCGAGUGAUCAUCAGAAAGAAAGACAUCUUGUUAGAGAGUUUUGUGGCAGGUGUAGGUCAGACUGAAUGUCCAGCAUGUCAACUAAAGGACCUACAGAUACAACAUCUAGAGGAAGAAAAUAACAGAUACCGAGCAGAACUGAGUGCUCUAAAGAACACAACUGAUAAUGUCAGUGAAGAAGACACACCUGAAUUGGGAGACCAUAGGCGACAACCCUUCUUAAGAGCAGAAGCGGGCAGGAAUCAUCAAAAUGAGACCCCUUCUUGCGUUGGAAUGAAUUGUCUUUCUUCUUGUGGCUUCAUCACCAAACACAGAAUGGCUUUGGAGACCCGCCUGGGACGUUUGGAUGGCAUACUCUCGUAUCUCCACGCUCAAAAGGUUCUGGAUGAUGAGGAGAGGGAGGAAGUGGUCAACCAACCCACCAAGAGCAGGACCAAACAGAACCAAACCCUGCUGGACAUGGUUGUACGUAAGGGAGAUCAUGCUCAAGAACACUUCUACCAUGUUCUGAAAGAAAAAGACCCUUACCUGGUGAAGGACCUGGAAGAGAAGAAAUCCCGACCAGAGCAGGCUGGUGUGUAAUGAAGGAUUCCGACCUGAACCAUAAUAGGACAACUCUCGCCAGUACUCCAGUUAUGUUUGACAUUAUCUGUACUUCCUUCUGGAUGAAGAACCUGUCGAUGUCUAAUGAGUAGGAUUUACUUCAGAGACAUUUGUCUGCAGACAUGCAGUCAGAGGUGUAAAGCGUUUUUCAAAAUAUACUUUUCAGAAAAGACGAUAUUCCUCACAUAUGACAAGAUAAUUAUGUCUUACCUUUAACGUGGAGAAGGCUAUCUUUUAACUGUCUUAAAUAGGCCCCCAAGGUCUUAGGCAAGGUGAUAUGACCGUGCGAGGCUAACAUUUAACAACCUCUACUACACAGGUUUACUAACUGCACACAACAAGCUCAGGUAAAAGUAAAUAACCUGAUCAGGAAAACUCUGUGGUUGAAGCUUGACACCCCCUGGUGUCAUAGUGGAGGAUGGAAAUUGUGGACAAUAUUGGGUUUUGACAUUACACUUCAAAUCAAAGUUUAUUUGUCACGUGCGCUGAAUACAACAGGUGUAGACCUUACAGUGGAAU